AUGGCGUCCAAAGAGUGGCUUCCGCCAAAUUUCUACAAGGAAUACAUUGCCGAAGCUAAAUUGCAUAGAGAGAAAGUCAUUGAAAAUCUGGCCUUCAAAGAAGGUGCGGCUGCAGCCAGGAUUUUGGAUUUUGGAUCCGUGUAUCUGAAAGGAAACCCUUCUCGUCUUCGCAAAUGGAGUGACGUGGAAGAGAUCUUUCGACAAGAAUCAUUCUUCUACUACAUAACGGGCUGUGAAGAGCCUGACUGUCACGUCGUGUUGAAUAUCGCAACAAGGGAAUGUCAUCUGUUUAUACCUAAGCGAGAAGCAGAUUUUGGAUUAUGGAAUGGCACACCGCCGACUCCGGUGCAAGCUAAAGCGACUUAUGAUGUGGAAUAUUGCCAUUAUGAUGACGAGCUCGUCAACGUGUUGAGUAGUAUUGAUGGCCCUGUAAACGUCAUGGACGGUGAAGACAUCAAACUCCUGGGUGUCGCAGCUGAUCGAGCUGAAUCUAAACAUCUACGAACAGCAAUGAGUGAAGCUAGGUUGAUAAAGUCUGCUUUUGAAAUCGACAUGAUGCGUACCGCUGCCCAAAUAUCUGGACAUGCUCAUAUAGCUGUCAUGAAGCUAAUGAAGAGUCUCAAACCCGGUGUCGACACUGAGGUACAAGCACACGCUCUAUUUGAGUACGAGUGCUUCAAAAAGGGGUGUCAUCAUCAGGCAUAUGGGUCCAUCUGUGCUUCUGGAUGUGAUGCAGCUACACUUCAUUAUGUACGAAAUGAUAAAGUCCUGUCAACCGAUCCUGGCACCUUUCUGCUGAUAGAUAGUGGAUGCGAGUUUCAUACUUAUGCCAGUGAUAUAACUCGCACGUAUCCAAUUGGAGGCAAGUUUUCCGCUACAGAAGAAGGCACAAUUGUAUACAAUAUUGUGCUGGCUGCUCAAAAGGCUGUACUCGCUGUCAUCAAAUCUGGUAUAAACUGGGAAGACAUGCAUCGAUUAGCAAAUCGUGUGAUUUGUGAAGGGUUGCAAAAGACUGGAGUGUUGAAGGGCUCAGUAGAUGAAUUGAUCGACCACUUCAUACCUGCCCUCUUCUUCCCACAUGGACAGGAAGUCCAUGAUGUUGGAGGAUAUCCCAAAGGCACUGAGCGUAUAGACGAACCUGGAAUUCGAUACCUACGUAUGAGGAGGAAGCUCGUCGCUGGAAUGGUACUGACAGUAGAACCUGGCCUUUAUUUUAUUGAUGAUCUACUCGAACCAGCACUGAAGAAUCCAGAAACGGCAAAGUACUUUGAUGUUGAAACUUUGGAGCGCUUUCGCCGUGUUGGUGGUGUCAGGAUUGAGGACGACGUGGUAAUCACUCAGGACGGUUACGAUAGCCUGUCAUGUUGGAUACCAAAGGAGAUUGCUGAUAUUGAAUUUGUAAUGGCAACGUAA